GAGCAGCCGGUGCAGGGAUCCUGGAGGAGAACGCCACCCAGAGGUUUAGCGCCGUUUCGCACCGCAGCCCCUCGUCCACCGUCCGGGAAGGAGCCGUCUUCGUGCCGGGACUCGUCGCCGGAGAGCGAGCAGCCCGCCGGUCGAGCCGGCGCCGCGGCGGCAGGGUUCCUGUGUUGCAGUGCAUCAUGUCAAACACACGUGCAGCUUCCAAGAAAGAGGCCAGGAGCCAGGCGCGCCCAUCCCGGGGCUCCAAAGGCCUCAAGAACAUCCACAUUGGUGAAGAAGUGAAGAUCGCAGUGACCCGCUCUCUGGAGACGUUUCGCUUCAGUGAUGAGAAAGAAUUGGAGUUUCCUUCUUCUCUAACCAGCACUGAGAGGGCCUUCAUUCACGAGAUGGCUCGGUCGCUGGGCUACAUCUCCAAGAGCAAAGGGAAAGGCUCGAGUCGAUUCCUCACCAUCAAGAAGAAGGAUGGCUCGGAUAAAGCUAAGCCCACCUUGUCUUUCGACAUCUCCCACAAUUCCUUGGUCGCCAUCCGCAGCCUGCUUCAGAGGUUUCCCAUCAGCAAGAGGGAGCGCUCCGACAUGCAGCUCAGCAGCAAGAGAUCGUCUCUGCCUGCCGAGCACGACAGCUUUAGUGACGUUGACAGGAUCAGCAAGCGCCUGAACAGCGGUCUUCCCAUGGUGCCGCUGCAGAGGACGCCGUCAGCGCUGGACGGCUUCCGCCGCUCCCUCCCCGUGUUCGAACACCAGGAGGACAUCGUGCAGCUGAUCAGAGACAACAGGGUGGUGCUGGUGGUGGGCGAGACGGGCUCGGGGAAGACCACACAGAUCCCACAGUUCCUGCUGGAUGACUGCAGCAGGAGAGGAGAGGCCUGCCGGAUCUUCUGCACUCAGCCCCGACGUCUGGCGGCCAUCGCCGUGGCCGAGAGGGUGGCGGCCGAGCGGGGGGAGAGUCUGGGCCAGACCGUGGCCUACCACAUCCGGCUGGAGAGCAGGGUGUCUCCGAAGACUCUGCUGACCUUCUGCACCAGCGGCGUGUUUCUGAGGAGCCUGAUGUCUGGAGAUAACAUCCUGACGUCUGUCACUCAUGUCAUUGUGGACGAAGUACACGAGCGUGACGGGCUGACCGACUUCCUGCUGACCAAGAUGCGGGACGUUCUCCCGAAGACGCCCUCGCUGAGACUGAUCCUGUCCAGCGCCGCCCUGGACGUGAGCCUGUUCACGCAGUACUUCGGCUCCUGCCCGGUGAUCUACCUCAAAGGACGGCAGUUUGAGGUGAAGGAACUCUUCCUGGAGGACAUUCUGAAGAUGACGGGCUUCAACACCAAGGAUAGCAAGGACCGGCAGCAGAAGCGUUUGACCGAGUGCUGUGAGGCGGUGGACAGAUGCUCCAUUGGAGACAUUCACAGGACACACAUGCUGACUGCAGGCCUGCUGCAGGACGGCGGCUGUACGCAGGGAAAGAACCUGAGCGAGAGCAGCGCAGAGCAGCUGGACCCGAGGCUUCAGAAGGAGAUGGACUACUGGAUCUCCCACGUCUUCCUGAAUGAAGACCAGGAGGGCUUCGUUCAGAUCUUCAGCCUGAUCUUCAGCGAGGGCGUGAGCGUGGACUACGCUCACAGCGAGACGGGCAUCACGCCUCUGAUGGUGGCGGCAGGCCGAGGCUUCCUGCCGCAGAUGGAGGAGCUGCUCAGCGUGGGCGCCGACCUCACCAUCAAGACCUCCAACGGAUGGUCGGCUCUGGACUUCGCUCAGCACUUCCAGCAGACGGACGCUGAGGAUUUACUCAAGUCUGCAAUUCCCCUGGAGCCGGGCUGCAGCCUGGACGACGUCCCUCUGGAGCCGGCCGGCCCCGAGCUGAGCCCCGAGGACCAGCGGCUGCUGGAGCUCUACCACCGCAGCUUCGACGACCAGUUCGUGGACCUGGACCUCAUCAUGGACCUGCUGCACAACAUCUGCUCCACCACCAGCGACGGUGCCGUCCUGAUCUUCCUCCCCGGGUACGACGACAUCGUGGCGCUGAGAGACUGCAUCCUGUAUGAAGACAAGCGUUUCGCCGCUCAUCCUGACAGGUACAGCGUGUUCAUCCUGCACUCCGACAUGCAAACGCAGGACCAGAGAAGAGCCAUGAAGACAUCGCCGCCCGGCAUCAGGAAGAUUAUUCUUUCCACCAACAUCGCUGAGACCAGCAUCACCAUCAACGAUGUGGUGUUCGUCAUCGAUUCAGGGAAAGUCAAAGAGAAGUCGUUCGACACGCUGAGCCGUGUGUCCAUGCUGAAGACGGUGUGGAUCUCCAGAGCCAGCGCGCUGCAGAGGACGGGACGAGCGGGCCGCUGCCGGCCGGGCAUCUGCUUCCGCCUCUUCAGCCGACUCAGGUUCAGCAGCAUGCUGGAGUUCCAGGUCCCCCAGCUGCUGCGCAUGCCACUGCAGGAGCUGUGUCUGCAGACCAAGCUGCUGGCCCCCUCCAGGUGUCCGGUGGCGGACUUCCUGUCCAGAGCUCCUCAGCCUCCUCCUGCUCAUUCGGUGCGGAACGCGGUGCAGAUGCUGAAGACGAUCGAUGCCAUGGACCAGCACGAGGACCUGACCGACCUGGGCUACCACCUGGCCGACCUGCCCAUGGAGCCUCACCUGGGGAAGAUGGUGCUGUGCGCCGUGGUGCUGAAGUGUCUGGACCCCAUCCUGACCAUCGCCUGCACCCUGGCCUACCGCGACCCCUUCACCCUGCCCGCCCAGGGCGCCCACAAGCAGAGCGCCCUGCACAGCCGCAAGCGCUUCACCGCCAACACCUUCAGCGACCACAUGGCUCUGCUGAGGGCGUUCCAGGCGUGGCAGCAGUCUCGCAGCGAAGGCUGGGAGAAAUCCUUCUGUGAAAAGAACUUCCUGUCCCAGGCCACCAUGGACAUGAUCCUGGGCAUGAGGACGCAGCUGCUGGGACAGCUCCGGGCCAUCGGCUUCGUGCGGGCGCGAGGAGGCAGCAACAUCCGGGACGUGAACCAGAACUCGGAGAACUGGGCCGUGGUGAAGGCCGCCCUGGUGGCCGGCAUGUACCCCAACUUCGUCCACAUCAACCGGGAGACCUCCACGCUGUCCAGCAGCCGCGAGAAGAAGGUCCUCUUCCACCCCACGUCCGUCCUGAGCCAGGUGCAGGUCAAGCAGCCCGGCUCCGCCAAGCCCAGCCAGGCGCUCCCCACCGACUGGCUGGUCUACGACGAGAUGAGGCGGGGCCACAGGAAGGCCAGCGUCCGCUGCUGCUCCGUGGUCACCGCCGUCACCAUCGCCAUAUUCGGAGGCGAUCCCAAAGCGCUGGGCUUCUCCCUCCACGAGGGAGGCGCAGAGAAGGCCGCAGACGAAGCGCAGGAGGACAGUGACAGUGAGACAGAGGACCAAGCAGGAAUCACGAUCGACGACUUCCUGGUCUUCCAGCUGGAUAAGGAGGCCGCCGCGCUGCUGUUCGAGCUGAAGCAGAAGUGGUUCAGCCUGCUGACUCGGAGGAUCCGCUUCCCCACCAAGCCCUGGUCCGAGCAGGACGAGGCCGUGGUCCAGACGCUGGUGUCUGUCCUGAGCGCCGAGGAGAAGGCGGCCGGCCUGCUGCAGCCCGCCGGGGUCGGGGAGGUCCCCAGCCCCAUGGUGGAGGAGGGAUCCAGGAGCUGUGUGAAGAACUCCUGGAGCCGGCAGAAGCUCCACACACACCCCAACGGCCACAGGCGGGGUCGGACUCCGGGCUCGGCCGGGUCCCAGGCGAGCGUCCGCAGCAGAGACGAGGCGCCGCCGUCCGGGACUCAGCCCCGUGAGGGUCGCCUGUCCCCGUCCAGCGCCUCCUGCUCCGCUCAGGUACCCACGCCUCGUCCGUCUUCAAACCCGGAACCAGGGCCGAGAGGUCCACAGCAUUUUAAACCCAGCAGCUUUAACAGGAUGCAGCAGUUAAAAUGAUGAUAAACGAUGCGAGCGCGGCGUGUCUGAAGAGCCUCGGGCAGGACGGCAGCCGCUCCUCAUGUGGGGCCGGCGCUCUGGAGGAACCUGCCCAGAGAGAGUGUUUUUAUGAGUUAAUCCAGCGUUUCCCUCCAGUUCCACCAGGCUCUCCUCCUGCAGCGGGGAGGAGUGGACGAAUUCAUCCAAAGGAGAGAAGUUCAUCUCUCGCGUUCCCGUCUCUGACUUUAGUCUGGAGUUCAUUGUUGCAGCUGUUCGGCUGAGGUGUGGCCGUGUUGAAAUAAAUUUUUUUAGG